AUGGUGAUCAUCAACAACUCCAAUCUUGACAAACAGUCUACAUGUCCCGCCCAACUGGGCAACUUUUCAAAGCUACCAACAGAGCUACAACUGAUGAUAUGGGAGUUUCUUCUUCGCUCCAUCUACGCACGCAGCCAUCCAGAAGCUAGAAAGAAUAUCCUGUCCAUCCUUUGCUGCAGCCGGUAUCUCUGCCAAGAGAUCUCCUACUUGGUUUACGAAGAUAUGGUUCACGGAAUUCAUCCACACCCCUCAUCUUCCGGAGAAAGCUGUGUUGACGUGGACAUAUCAACCAAAAGACUGAUAGUUAAGCGGAAGCUGAAGAACGACGAGGCCUUCCGAAGGCAUAUCCUCAACUUCCCCCAUGACCGCAUACCAAAACGUGGCCUUGGAGUCUAUAUUAAGCACCCUUCUCGGAAUGAUCCUGGCCAUAUGGUCCAAAUGUGGCACACGAUCAAUAGACUCGUCGAUGUUCUCAACGCGUUGCCUCGGAUUCAUUACGUAUACAUACAGCUGACAGGAAAAUGGAACGACGAGAAAACACCGAAACAGAGCGCCGAGGACUUAAAACCAUGCUAUCUACGCCGCUACGACCGCGACAUCGCACUACUGCCCUUCUUCCUCCUUCGAGAAUUCAAGAUGGCAACCAACCUCCGAGCUGUGACUCUCGAUAAGGAAGAUUCUCUUACUUAUCGUCUGUUCCAUCUGCUCUGUGAGCCUCAUCUCGAAAAUGUCAUCGAAGAGAAGUGGGGAUCUUUUAAAUACGAAUCUGAAGCCAAGAUGUGGCUCACGGACACCCGCAUUUUCCUGGACACAGUUCUCGACUGUCUGCCCGGACCAACAGCAACCCUACUACGUCUAGAACGAUUCAAUGACUGGUACAAAAAAGACAAAACUUGGGGAUCAGCAUACGGAGAGCAAUUUGUAUCGGACCUAAUUAACAAUCGUGAGACUGUUUUGAAAUACGACCCGGAUCUCAUUAGAGCCAGGUGGCGCCAUGUAUGGUUGAUUCUAACGCACCACACCAUCUAUGCACCUACAGAAGAUCCAACGUCCAUCGAUAAAUACUUUAGAGCUUGGAAACGGAAGAUUUACACUACAUGGAAUUCCAGCAUCUGGUUCGAAGCGAUACCCGAGACGCCCUGCGGGAUUGACAUUCCUCGGGGUGAUAUAAGCCCUGACCGCUCGCAUGAACAUAUUCAUUAG